UAGCUUUCAUGCAUGUUGAAAUUAAACACAGUGUUGACGGAAUUGCCUCUAGUAUUAGUAUUCCUAAGCUUGAGAAGCUGGCUUUCGAGAAUUGUAUAGGGAUCAAUGAGUUUGAGAUCAGCACUCCAAAGCUGGAUAUUUUUUCAAAUAAGAGUUUUUGGUUGUGUGGCUCUUCGUUGUCGCUCGCCUUUUUUAUGCAAUUGCUUACAAAUGCCCCAACUUAUGUAAACUGCAGAUUAUGUCGGAUAAGGGCUGGGAAUAUGAUGACAAAAAAGCUACUUCAAGGCUUUUGGAGGAUCCUGAUAGUUGCUUAGCUAUUCAGGAGCUGAAGAUUCAGACGCUUAACACAAUCCAGAUUGAAUCAUUCAAUGGAUCCGCAUUCGAAAUAUUUUUUAUGAAACUACU